AUGUCCAGUAGAACUUUCCGGAUGCGGGAGAUGUUGCCUACUGUGCUGUCCAGUUUGGUAAAAAUGGCCGGGUCGGAGACCUCAUCUUUUCUGGCUUACCUCUUCUCGCCCACAUUAAGGAUGGCAGAGCUGGCCCUGGUGAGAAAGAAAAACUGGGCUUUAGAGAUCGUCUCCCUUGCUGCCAAACUCCUGGACAAGAACCCGUUCUCGGUCAGCAACCCGACCCCCCUGCUUCCUUCGCCUGCCAGUCUCCAGCUGGCUCAACUGCAAGCCCAGCUCACCCUCCACCGGCUGAAGUUGGCACAGACAGCCGUCACCAACAACACCGCGGCCGCCACCGUCCUGAACCAGGUCCUCUCCAAGGUGGCCAUGUCCCAGCCGCUCUUCAACCAGCUGAGGCACCCAUCCGUGAUCGGUGCCCCACACGGCCACACCGGGGUGCCCCAACAUGCCGCGAGCGUGCCCAGUGCCCGGUUUCCCUCUAACACAAUUGCCUUCUCACCUCCGGGCCAGACACGAGGCCCGGGGCCCUCGGUGAGCCUUCCCAGCCAGCCCCCCAACUCCAUGGUGAUGCAUCCCUUUGGUGGCGUCAUGCCUCAGACCCCUGCCCAGCCGGCGGUCCUCCUGGGCAUUGGCAAGACAGGGGCAGGCCCCGCUGUCGCCGCUGGAUUCUAUGAGUAUGGCAAAGCCACCUCGGGCCAGGCCUACGGCUCUGAGACGGAUGGCCAGCCCAUCUUCCUGCCGGCCUCGGCCUCCACCUCGGGCAGCGCGACCUACGAAGGACAGUACAGCCAAGCGGGGCAAGAUGGCCAGGCCGCCUUCCCCAAAGACUUCUACGGAGCCAACUCUCAAGGGUCGCACGUGGCGGGGGGGUUUGGGGCUGAGCCCACGGGGGGCCUGAAAGGGGAGGUGGGCCCACUGCUGCCGGGUGCCAACAGCCAGUGGGAGAGCCCCCUCGGGUUCUCUGGCCAGAGCAAGUCCGACCUCGCGGCAGGCGCCAGCCUGUGGCCUCCAGCCCCCAGCCAGUCCUACGAGCUGUAUGACCCAGAGGAGCCCACCCCGGACAGGACCCCUCCUUCCUUCGGGGGUCGGCUCAACAACAGCAAGCCGGGGUUCAGCGGCACACGGCGGCGGGCCAAGGAGGAGCCGGCAGUGCUCUCCGUGCGGCCCCUGCAGGCCCACGAGCUGAACGACUUCCACGGGGUGGCCCCCCUCCACCUGCCGCACGUCUGUAGCAUCUGCGACAAGAAGGUCUUUGACUUAAAGGACUGGGAGCUGCAUGUGAAAGGGAAACUUCAUGCUCAGAAAUGCCUGGUCUUCUCUGAAAACGCUGCUGUCCGGUGUGUUCUCGGUUCGGCAGAGGGAACUCUGUGUGCCUCUCCCAACAGCACAGCCGUUUAUAACCCUGCUGGGAACGAAGAUUAUGCCUCAAAUCUUGGAACAUCAUAUGCAGCCAUUCCAGCAAGGUCAUUUGCUCCGUCAAAUCCCGCCUUUCCUUCAACUUCCCCAGGGACAACUUUUGUACAGCGGAAAACGGGUGCUGGCCGCGUGGUGCAUAUCUGCAAUCUUCCCGAGGGAAGCUGCACUGAGAAUGACGUCAUUAACUUGGGGCUGCCCUUUGGGAAGGUCACCAAUUACAUCCUCAUGAAGUCUACUAAUCAGGCCUUUUUAGAGAUGGCAUACACAGAAGCUGCUCAAGCCAUGGUCCAGUAUUACCAAGAAAAGUCUGCUAUGAUCAAUGGGGAGAAGUUGCUCAUUCGGAUGUCUAAGAGAUACAAGGAAUUGCAGCUGAAGAAACCUGGGAAAAAUGUGGCUGCCAUCAUCCAGGACAUUCAUUCCCAGAGGGAGAGGGACAUGUUCCGGGAAGCAGACAGAUACGGCCCUGAAAGGCCGAGGUCUCGCAGUCCUGUGAGCCGGUCACUGUCGCCGAGGUCCCACACGCCAAGCUUCACCUCCUGCAGCUCUUCCCACAGUCCUCUGGGCCCCUCGCGGGUCGACUGGGGCAAUGGCCGGGACUCCUGGGAGCACUCCCCCUACACCAGGAGGGAGGAGGAGAGGGAGCCGGCUUCCUGGAGGGAGAAUGGGGAGGACAAGAGGGACCGGACGGAUGUGUGGGCACAUGAUCGCAAACACUACCCUAGGCAACUGGACAAAGCCGAGCUAGAGGAGCGACUGGAAGCAGGGAGGGGCCACCGAGAGAAGCACCCCAGGUCUGGGUCCCCCAACCCUCUUCACUUGGCAUCAGGCUACAAGAGCCGGGAAGACGGCUACUACCGGAAAGAGCCCAAAGGCAAAGCGGACAAGUAUGUGAAGCAGCAGCAGGAUGCCCCCGGGCGGUCCAGGAGGAAAGACGAGGCCAGGCUGCGGGAGAGCCGGCACCCCCACCCAGAUGAUGCGGCCAAGGAAGAUGGGCUGGAGCCCAGGGUUACCAGGCCCCCUGAGAGCACCAAGUCCAAGCCGAGUGAGAAAACCAGAACCAAGAGAGCCGACAAAGACCAAGAAGGAGCUGAGGACAGAAAGGAAAGCAGGAUGGCAGAGAAUGAGGUUGGAAAGGGGGAUGCGGAAGAAAGCCCCCCGUCAGUGGACUGGCACGAGAGGGAAGCAGAGUCCUUUGAUCCAGAAAAUACAAGAACCAAGAAGGAUCAAGCCUGGGAGAGCGGAAGCGAAGCGGAGGACGAGAGCUGGUACCCCACGAACAUGGAGGAGCUGGUCACGGUGGACGAGGUGGGGGAGGAAGAAGACUUUAUCAUGGAGCCGGACAUCCCAGAGCUGGAAGAGAUCGUGCCCAUUGACCGGAAGGACAAAUUGUGCCCAGAAAUGUGUCCCUGUGGGACAGCCGCCUUACACCUGGACUUGACCAAAGAUUUCACCAAGGAGGGGGUCAAGGCCAUGGGCAACGGGGCCACGGAAAUCAGCCCUAGCUCUCCCAGAGAAGGGCCGUCUGCCCCCACGGGCUGUCCCAGUGACAUGGACGUGGAAAUGCCUGGCCUAAAUCUGGAGGCUGAGCAGAAGCCAGCUGAAUGUGAGACUGGCCUCUCGCUGGAGGGUUCAGAUUGCUACGAGAAGCAGGCAAAGGGAGCAGAGAGCUCAGAUGUUCGUCUGUCCCCUGCACUCCGGCAAAUGUCUUCCCCCAAGCCAGCCGAAGAGAGGGCCGGGCAGCCGAGCCCAUGUCUUGAUGACAGCAAGGCCACGGGGACUCCCGAAGAUGGGGCUUGUGGAGGCAGUCCCCUGGAAGAGAAAGCCGGCCCCUCCACCGAUGCCGACCCCCAAAGCCAGGCUUGCCAAGGAGUGUCGACCCAGGAAAACGCCAGGUACCUGGAAGUGAAGUCCCUGGACGUAAGGUGCCCGGAAUACACGGAGGUGGAGCUGAAGCAGCCCCUUUCGUUGCCUUCCUGGGACCCGGAGGAUGUGUUCAGCGAACUCAGCAUUCCUCUAGGAGUGGAAUUCGUGGUACCCAGGACCGGGUUUUACUGCAAGCUGUGUGGGCUGUUCUACACCAGUGAGGAGAUGGCGAAGAUAAGCCACUGCCGCAGUGCUGUCCACUACAGGAACUUACAGAAGUACCUGUCCCAGCUGGCCGAGGAGGGCCUGAAGGAGCCGGAGGGGGCCGGCAGCCCGCGGCCUGAGGACAGCGGCAUCGUGCCCCAGUUUGAAAAGAAAAAGCUCUGACGCUUGGGCCUCUUGGAAGCCGGGAGGGAGGGCGCCCACCCAGGUGGGACCUUCCUGCCCGCCAGGAUGGGAACUCACGCCAGAGAGGAAAGGACAGCAGGCUGGCCACGGGGCCCGGUUCGUUCUCAGAGACUCAGGAAAAUGCGCUGAAGUGUUUCCCAGAGGCCUCACCCUGUGCGUCCAGCACUCCCCCCGCCCCCCACCCCCGUACCCUGGGGUCCCCCACUCUCUCCCUGUCACUCUCCUUGCCUUCAGACAGUCUUUUCAUUUGCUUCUCUCUCUUCUUUCCUCCCUCUCCCUCCCUCCUUCCCUCCCUCCUUCGUGCCAAUGGUUGUUUUCUUUUCAUAAAAGCCAACUUCUCAGGGAUUUUCAGUGUUCAACUUCUUGGUGGGCCAGGCCAGGCCAGGCCGAGUCAUCCAAGGAAAAGAUUUCACGGAAACUCCUGGGUCAAGAACCGCUUCGGUGAACCUGGGCAGUGUCUCUGGCUUGGCACGCCGCGCGGGCAUCUGGGUGGGGUCCCCCGUCCCAAGAGAGGGGCCCCUUCCACAGUCUGUUGGCAGAAGCUGGGAGCUCCUCCAGCUGGACCACCUGUUGGAAAAGGCCCUGGUUUUAUGAAUAACGCCUUCACCCUCUCAGUUAUUCUAGACGUCUGCCAGGCUCAUGCCUUAAAGGAAAACGAAGUGAAUUUUACAGGGGGAGGAAAUGAGCCCUUCGUAUUGGGAGCUCCGAUCAUGUCCCCGAAGCAGGGUCCCCUCCACUUGAUUUCAGGAGGGGCCAGGGUUCGUUCUGUCCCGGACAGAGAGUUGGGUGUAGAUUCGCACCCAUUAAAGAUGAAAAUGGAAGCAUCCUCCCCAUGCCGCCGAAACAGCAGUUGGUAAAAGCUUAGGCUGGAUGCCGGCCUCUCUGCCAUGGGUGUCACCAAAACUAGGAAAUGGCAUCUGUCCUUGGCUCACCCUUGGUGCCUGCACUCUGGGCUUCCCCUGUGGAGUGGUUUUAGAUGGUGUCUCACGGGUAGGGGGUGGAGGGCAGAGAAGCGAGGGAAAGGAGGCUGCAGAACUGAAGAGCAUUUGAGGGUUGCCGGUGUUUGUAGGUAGGCCCUUUCCGAUUUGGCAGAAGGUCAAGGGCCUCUCAGAGUUGACCCCAGGGGCACACUUUGAUAUCAGAUGCUGUGAAGAACAGAGCCCUUGCCCCCAGCAGGUUGUCUGACUCUGGAGGGCAGCGCCUUAGGCCCCAGGUGGACUGCAGGUCUCUAGUGGAAAGUCCCAUUGGAAGGCUUUGGGAUAACGGCCUUGGGGGAAAUGAGGCUCGGCUGCCCUAGAGAAGCCAGGAGAAGUUCAGAGAGCCUCGUGCUACUCCCACAAUGGAGAUACUCACCUGGAGGCGGCCUCUCCGGCUCUGUCCCUGGAGACAGUCCCAGUGGUUUCUGUUCCUGACCGACUAGGAAGAGGUUGAUUCUGGGUGGGAUUUUUGUUGUUGUUUUUGCAUUUUUCUUUUUAAGGUAGAUAACACUAUACCGCAUAUUCUGUCCUCCACUAAUGGCAGAAGGGUAGAGAGAUUGUCUGCGUUCGACCCUGACUUUUUAUCAGUAAGGAAACUGAGGCACAGACAGGAAAGAAACAUAGAACACAAAUAAAACGAUCACAUGUGAACCCUG